AUGUCGUUCGCCGCCGAACCCAAUCCUCCUUCUAACGCUCUGGAUGUCCUCAUCAAGAGCGCUAUCAAAGCACCGACUCAUGUCUUCGACUUGCUCCGUCGGCUUCAUCAACUUUCCCUGGAUCAGGAACUUGUGCUGAAGAACGACCAAACUAUUCAAAAUUGGAAAGACAACAAAGAACUGGAUGCAGACCAACGCAAGCACUUUUUUGACAACAUCAUGCGAGACAAGUUCAUUGCUCUGACUCCUGAUAAAUCCAUCUUCAUGUACAAUCUGGCACGGGCUUCAGGUGCCUUGAACGUCGUUGAAUGUGGGACCAGCUACGGUGUUAGCACGAUCUACCUGGCGCUAGCAGUUGGACAGAAUGCCGUUCAGAAGGGAGUGGCCGCGGGAGACGCAAAAGUCAUUGCAACCGAGAACGAACCUUUGAAGGCGGAGCAGGCCAGAAGACACUGGAAAGAAGCAGGCGAGAGCGUCGAGAGAUACAUCCAGUUAAGGGAAGGCGACCUCACAAAGACGUUGCAAGCCGAUCUGCCUUCAAUCGACUUCGUCCUCUUCGAUAUAUGGACUCCAAUGGUUAUGCCAACUCUGAGAAUCUUAGAGCCGAAGUUGAAGGCUGGCGCCAUUCUUAUCGCUGACAAUACCGCCGCACCAGGGAACGGAUACGGCGAGUUCCUCGACCACCUUCGCGCAGAAGCGGCUCCGUAUUCGGCUCUGACGUUACCGUACCAGGACGGUCUGGAGUUGGCGGUUUACACUCCCAGAUCGUGA